AUGCCGAGAAUGACUAUUGGUUCGACCGCCUGCCAGCCUGCCAUGCCGAGCAACAGCAGCAGCGGUAUUGGGGAUGGCGACGGGGAAACGACAACGCCGCAAGUGGUGUUGACGCGGCACGGGGUAAGGCUCGCGACGGCCUUCCCCGACUCAUCCGUGGGCAUCGGCGCGAGCUGUGGCGGGCCUGGCGGUGCCGCUUUGCGUAGCGGAUCUCGUGGCGGCGUGCGACGGAGGGAGGGGGCCGACUACGCGGUGCCGCGUCACGUGGUGGAAGAGACCAAGCGGCAGUUGCGGCCGCUGCUUAACGCGCUUAGAUUCGUCGAGUCGAGUAACAGGGUGAAUUGCCCUGACGGUGACAACGGGAAGAGCAUCGGGCCGCUGCAGAUAUCUGAGGAGUACCAUCGCGACGCGUGGGGCCCGCUCACGGGACCGUGGUCGCAGUGCAGGGAGCUGGGGCACGCGGAGGACACGGUGGUGUCGUAUUGGAUGCGCUACUGCCCGCACGCCAUCCGCACGCUCGACUGGGAGCUCCUCGCCAAGGCGCACAACGGCGGGCCGCGCGGGACGCGCUACAGCAAGACGCAGCGGUAUUGGGGGAAGGUGCGCCGCCACCUGCAGCACCAGCAGGCGCUGCUCAUUCCGCCCUCCGCCGCCACCAUCCCCCCCCAACGCCCCGCGCACCUUGCGCCCUCCGCGCUCGCAACUCCUGCAAUUCGAGGUGCGUGCCCUGUUCCGCAGGUGGGUUGUUCCGCAGCGCCAGCGCCAGCAGGGGGGGCGACAGCAGGGGCUGCAUGCGCAGCACAUGGCGCCCCUCCCCCCCUCCUCCUCGCAGACUCCCCUUCUUCCCCCCGCCCUCCCUUCCCCCCGCACGCCACUUGCCAAGGGGAAGCAGCAAGGGGCGCGGAAGGGUCUGGGGAGGCGGACUUAAAAGGGGAAGCGGUGGAUCUAGAGUUGCUGCGCGCACUGAUGGGGGGAGAUGCGGGGGAAGGGGGGUAUGGGGGGGUUGGGGUGGAUAAGAGUGACGGGGAGGUUUGGGAAGAGUUGGGGGAGACUGGCUGGGGUGUUGAUUUGCUGCUGCAACUGGAGCAAGAAAGGGGGGAGUGGGAGGAUGGGGAGGUGGAGGAGGGGCGAGAGCGAGUGGUGGUGGCAGAUGGGAGUGUAGAGGAGGGUAACGAGGGGGAGCAGGAGGAGGAGGGGAGUGAAGGGGAGGGGGAGGAAGGGAGCGAGGGGGAAGGCGAGGUGUGGCAGCAGCUGGCGGCGCUGAUGGGGGUCUCUGGUGAGAAGGGGGCCUUGGGGGGCGUGGCAGCCGCGGAGGCAGAGGGGCAGGGGGAGCAGGAGGGGCAGGGGGAGGAUGGUGGCGGGCUGUCAUAUGCGGAGAUGGCGCAGUGGCUUUUACAGCACAGCGCAGAGGUCGUCUGGGAUGGGGAGGGGGAGGACGAGGGGGGUGAUGAUGUGGAUGCAACGAAGGAAGAGGGGGAGCAGGCACAAGGGUGGGCAGCAGCAGAGGCAGCGGGGGGUGCAUCAGGAGUGGCGAGUGAAUGUGUGGGAUCCGUGCUGCUGGAGCAGGCUGUGCCUGAGGGCGAGCUCGCAGGCGCUGCUGAGCUGGCAGGUGCUGCUGAGCUGGCAGGUGCUGCUGAGCUGGCAGGUGCUGCUGAGACCGAAUCUGGGAGCAGCAGCAGGGGCGGCAGUGGGAAGGGGGGGCGGAUGAGCAGUGUGGCAUGGGAGGUGGUGGGCGCAUGGGACCGCCUGCUGUGGGACGACGACCCGAGCAACGUUGCUGUCGCACCAUGUGCUGCCGCUGCACCCACCUGUGCCGCGCCCAGCAAUGCUGCAGCGCGGUUGGUCGCUCAGAGCGAUGCGGUUGCAUGGGAGGGAGAGGAGGAGGGGGGAGUGGGGAACAGCGCCAAGGGUGCAAUGGGAAGUGCAGAGGAGGAGGGUGCAGAAGAGGUGUUGCAUUGA